AUUCUCUUUCGUCAACAAAAAUCGAAAAAACUGAAGAAAAAAUUUCAAAUAUACGUACCCUAACGGAAAAACCUUCGCGUCAGAAGGUCUCAAAACGACAUGAGUCUCACCCUUACAAAGGAGCUUCAACACCAUCACACGGAAAGAAUUCGUUGAAAAAUGAGAAGAAAGUGAAUACUCCUAUAUUCGAUGUUUUGGAUAAUCUAUUGUUUAAUCAAACUUCCAACGAUAAUAAUGAUGACUCGCUAUAUUUCGAUCUAAACUUGCCACAAUUCGAUAAUUUAAAUAACCAAGAUGUAGAUAUAUCGGUUCAGAAUUCAAACUUGCCACAAUUCGAUAAUUUAAAUAACCAAGAUGUAGAUAUAUCGGUCCAGAAUUCAAGCGCGCAACAAUUCGAAAACAUAGACGAUUUGCUUGGAUAUUCUAUUUUGCAAGAUAAUCUAAGCGCAAACAUUCCGAACGAAAUAAAUCGAUAUUUUUAA